AUAGAUGAAAACACAUAAAACGACGCGAUGACCGCUCUCAGCUUUUCUCUCUGUUAAAUCAUUUAAAUCGACAAACCGAGAAAUGAGCUUUAAAUUUUAAUAGACAAUUGCGAUUUAAAGCGUGGUACUGUGUCCCAAUUGGGACAGAAAUCCAUUGGACUAGAAGAAGAAGAAAAUUGCGAUGCAUGAGUAACGACACUGUUCGAUCCGGAAGUGCCCAACUUCAGGCGAAGUAAGCGAGUCUUGCGCGUUUGCGGUGUUCGCCUGGCACAAUCCGCACAAACAGUGAGUAACGAACGAGGAACGUCGUCGGGAUGGCCAGCAGACAGGCGUACAGUAUCGUGGAAUAUUACGCAGAACACGAGGGCUAUCGGUGUGGCUAUUGCAAGAACUCUACCACGAAUUUCAGUCACGGCAUGUGGGCGCACACGUUGACAGUACAAGACUAUCAAAGUUUGAUAGAUAGGGGUUGGAGACGGAGCGGCUGCUAUUGUUAUAAACCCACGAUGAAUCAGACCUGCUGUCCUCAGUAUACCAUUAGAUGUGAAGUGCUAAAUUUUAGGAUAUCAAAGUCUCAGAAAAAAAUUCUAAAACGCAUGACUAAAUUUUUGAAAAAUGAAUUGACGAAUGAUAGUUCUGGAGGUACAAAUGAAGAUCAACAAGAUAAUAUAGAUAUAAGCAAUGAAGAGGCAUUAAACUAUCCUAAGCAUUUAACAAAAGUGCAGAAAGAUAAAUCUCAGAUUGAUGUUUCGUCUUUCGAUGAUGAAGUCGGUGGAAGAUUGUCCAUUAAUUCAGUAAAAACGGAAACUCAGAAAAAUUUGACUUCUGCAUUGAGUAGCGAUCAAGUGCAGUUAACAAAUUCCAACAGCAAGAAUACUUUGCACGUUAGAAGUGAGAUCACCGAUGUGGUACCUUGCAAGAAGGCCAAAUUAUUACGUAUAGAACGUAAGAAAAAUAAGUUGCUGGCUCAAGGUAAAUCACAGAGUGAAAUCGAGCUUAUUAUGAAAGAAAAGAAACAAAAUUACAUUAAGAAGGAAAUGGAAGAAUUGUUUGAGGAAGUAUACACUGGAGUAAAGAAGUUAGAGUUGAGACUGGUUCGAACUGCCCCAAUGAGCUCCGAAUACUUAAAGACUUCGAAAGAAUCUUAUGAGCUUUAUAAAAAGUAUCAGAACAUGGUACACGGUGUGUCAUUUGAGAAACUCACAGAGCAAAAAUACACAAGAUUUCUUGUAAAAUCUCCUCUGCAGACGAAAUUGGUAAGAGUGAUGUCUGACGAGUUCCUGACCACUCUUGAAACGAGCGCGAAACUUUAUCAAAAGUAUCAAAUGGCGAUUCACGGCGAUACUCCGGAUCAAUGCAAUCAAAGUUCAUUUGUCAACUUUCUUGUAAGGAGUCCUUUGCAGGAAUGGAUACCCGAAAAUGGACCACCUCAUGGAUACGGCUCUUUCCAUGAACAAUAUUGGUUGGAUAACGAAUUGAUAGCAGUUGGAGUGAUAGAUAUUCUACCGUCGUGUAUCUCGAGCGUGUACUUUUUUUACGACCCGGAAUAUAAUCAACUUUCUCUCGGAACUUUUAGUUCUCUUCGAGAGGUUUAUCUAACGAGACAGCUUAACAAGAUCGCGAGUAAUCUAAAAUAUUAUUAUAUGGGCUUUUAUAUUCACUCGUGUCCGAAGAUGCGGUACAAAGCUAGAAUGCAACCGUCGAAGCUUCUAUGCCCAGAGACAUAUGUAUGGUGCGAUAUCGAACCUUGUCUAGUCAAACUAAACAAUAAAAAGUACAGUCGCCUGAACGAUGAGAUUAAUGCCAUCGAUGAACAUGGUGUAGUCAACGUUGAAGAGAUAUUGAUACUGUAUAAAAAUAUUGCUAUGCCGUAUAAGAAAUACAUAAUGCAGCGAAAAACGUAUAAGUGUGAGGAAAAACGCGAAAUAGAGGAAUAUGCCAAAUUCGUUGGAAUGCCUUGCGCGCGAAGAAUGCUGCUCUAUCGCUCUAUCUAUAGAGAAUAAUUACUUUAUAUGUAAAAUCGAUGAAUAGCAUUAUAUUUUAAGGAUCAUCAUAUGGAAGGAUACUUCGAUAGGAUACUGACUUUCAGAAAUUAAUUACCGGCUAAAAUUUGUAUAAAAAAUGAAUCGAAUUUGUUAUUUUUAGAAGAUUGCGUGUUGAAUAAUAAUCUGUGAUGUAAGCGAUUAAAUAUUAUAAUUAGAUAAUGUAAAAUGCGCGUAAUAAAUUAUGUGCAUUACUUUUCACCGUUCAUGGACGAUUUUGUUGAGAAACAUUUAGAAAUUAAUUUAGUUUCAUAAUAAUCAUUAUUUUGAGCAUAAUUUAA